AAAAAUGGUCAAGGAUAGCUUGCUCAAGAGAAGAACCAGCAAAGACGCAGUAAAAUUAUACCAAACCGGAGUUUUCUCUGGCUACAGAAGAUCAAGACUCAACCAGGACCCAAACCAGGCCUUGAUUCAUAUUGAGGGAUGCCAAGACUUGAAGGGAGCCAGAUUCUACCUCGGAAAGAAGGUAGUACUCCUUCGUAAAGCUGAAACUGAGAAAAAUGGAAGUAGAUAUAGAGCUGCUUGGGGAAAAGUUAUCAGCACUCAUGGAAAGAGCGGAGUUGUUAGAGCUAAAUUUAAGAGAAAUCUACCAGGAGAAGCUAUUGGUGAGAAAGUCAGAGUUUUAUUGCACUAAUUUCAGAUAGAUUU